UUUACACACUAGAAUAUUCACGAAUAUAAAGUGCUGUCGACCAUAGGUUAAAUUGGCCUAUCUUCCUCAUAACAGGCACACCUUUGACCUCGCCUCUACGUUCCUCUACCUCUGUCGAAAGUUUUAAAAUGCCCUCGUCCGCUUCACGUCAACUAAAUGUGGGAGCAGCUCCAUACCGGGGGGAUCCCCUACCAAAUGUUCCGGAGGAUCUUGUGAUACCAAAUGUCCUCAAUUUGAAUUUUGAAGAAAGGGAAUGGGUGCCUCAAGCCCCCAACGUCUGGUUCCGCCCCCUUGUCCUCUCGGUUUCUCAGGGUUACUUCGUGAAUCUUCUCCGCGUCCAACAAUCGGGCAUCUUGUCCCGCCAUCGUCACUCCGGCCCCGUUCAUGCGACGACACUGCGCGGCAUGUGGCACUAUCUGGAACAUGACUGGUGGGCUACAGAAGGGAGUCAUGCCUACGAGCCUCCGGGCGAUAUUCAUACGCUUGAGGUGCCAGAUGAUGUGGUGGAAAUGAUCACGCUAUUCCAUGUCACCGGUGCAUACAUCUACGUCGACCCCGAGGGCAAUCCUGUUGGUGUUGAAGAUGUUUUCUCCAAGCUUAAGAAUGCGCGUGCCCAUUAUGAAAGUGUGGGACUCGGAGCCAACUAUGCGGACCAGUUUAUUAGAUAGUUCUUUGGGUUAUCUCUCAUGAGAAGCGCCACAGAGCUCUGAUAUCUCCUAUUCUAUGUAUUAUAACUAAGAUAAUGAGUCUCCAUUUCCAUUGGCACCAAGUUCUACUUGUGCUAGGGCUAGGCACACACCGGAAAAGGUAGAAGACAUCUGUAAUUCAUUGAGGAACAUUCCAGUUCCAGACCCAGCCCUGUGCGCAGAGAAUAUCACUGAGGCAGUUGGAGUCUUCACCAACCAUGUCAUUGCUCAGCAUCGAACGCUCAUCAACCGCAGCGUCCAGUGGCGUCUGGGGGCCUGCUGAAGUGGGCCACGGACCUGAGUUCUGCGAAUUCUGCCACAACACUACAGGAGUCAAUUUUACAAAUCCUGA